AUGUCAUCCCUUGUGGGAGGUAACGACUUCGCCCAGGGUGUCCCCAAUACAUCCUCGCCCUUAUCGCAGUCCAACCUCGAAAAUCAGAAUACUCAGCAUGAAGAGCUAGGUUCUUCGACCUUUGGAGACAGCAGCGAAAUGCGGCGCACUCACUCUGGGAUCUCUCAAUCGCACACCUUGACGCCUUCCCGAGGGGGUACGCUCAAAAAGAAGAGCUCAAUCAAUAGGAAAGCGAGCGUGAAGCGAAGCGGAAGCAGAAAGAGCAGUCGACCAAGCAGCGUCAAGGACUUGACUUUCGCAGAUGGCAUCGGCGAAGAUAGAUUGAAUGAUGCUUUCUACACACCCGUGCCAACACAAGGAAGCCCCACGGAAAUCCUGGCAAAUCGCUUUCAAGGUGCAUCUGACCACAUGAGGCUCAAAGACAUUUGGCGGAAAGUUCUUAAGGAUCUCAUUACCUACUUUCGUGACCUUCAGAAAUCAUAUGAUGCUCGGUCGAAAUCACUGUAUUCUCUCUCAAAUGUAAUGAGCAACAUCACCGCCCCACCCGGCUUUAUACCUCAGGGCGGUAUCAGCGAUGCCUACUCCGUCCUCCGAGACUAUCAUAAAAAGUCCAUAUCUGAAGGGAACAAGGCGAAGACAGUCGAGGAAGACGUCAUUGUCCAGUUGACAGGGCUUCGCAGUGACUUGGGACAGAAGGUCAAGGAGAUCAAAGGCUUAUCUGGCGAUUUCAAAAAUAACGUAGACAAAGAGACCGAAGGAACGAGGCGUGCCAUCAGGACACUAGAAGCUUCGCUCGCAGAUCGACAGCCGGACGCAAAGAAUGAUCCAUACCUCAUCCGGUUGGGGGUUGAGAGGCAGCUGGAAAGGCAGAUAGAGGAGGAGAAUUACCUACAUAGAGCAUUUUUGAAUCUUGAGAGCUCGGGACGAGAAUUAGAAUCAAUCGUCAUGGGCGAGAUACAGAAGGCAUACAACGCUUACGCUGGAAUAUUGAAAAGGGAGUCUGAUGAAGGCUAUGAAGCUAUAGAGGACCUGCAGACUGGUCCUUUGGCGCUGGCAAAGGAUUACGAAUGGACAUCUUUUGUAUCUCAAAACGAUGCAUUUAUUGACCCUAGAAUACCAGUAAGGAAACAUGAAAACAUCACAUAUCCUGGAAAGGAGGAGCCAGCAGCUGCUGAAGUCCGGGCUGGAAUGCUUGAGCGUAAGAGCAAGUACCUCAAGAGCUACACCCCAGGAUGGUACGUCCUAACGCCGACUCACAUACACGAGUUCAAAUCGCCCGAUCGAUUGUCUACUCAAGCCCCCGUCAUGUCUCUUCCAUUGAUAGAACAAAAGCUUGGCUCGCGGUCAAGCGCAGACUCUACUUCCCACAAAUUCAUGCUGAAGGGCCGGCAAAGUGGUGGUUUGCACAAAUCACACGCCUGGGUAUUUCGGGCUGAGUCUUACGAUACAAUGAUGGCAUGGUUCUCUGACAUCAAAAACCUGACCGAAAAGACUGGCAUUGAGCGAGACGCCUUCAUAAGACGAACACAUGCUCGUUCAAUCAGUGCAGGCUCCGUCAGCGAAGGCAGUGCUCUUGACGAAGACGAGGCAGACCAAGUGCCAUACUCUGCCGCAGCAUCGCAAGCGGAGCCCUCAACAGAGAAGCUCCCGCAACGCCCCAAUCCAGGUGGGCGUUUCCCGAGCAAUCUGAACAUCCAUCGAGACUCACAAGUGCCUCUUGCGCCGUCUAGUCCUUCAGAUAAUUCCGGCGACCGAGACGUGAUAGCUGCUGCUGGGGCACUGCCAAGCUCUGGUGUCGGUGAUACCGGAGACGAAGGAGCAAAAUUAUACACAAUACCGGUCCAGCCGCCAAGUGCGCUUGAGAGACACGAUAGUAAGUACGGCGAAUGGAUGGCUCCAACGAUCGGAGGAGCAGGAGGGAUGGCUGCCGCUGCAGCAGCCACGCGCCAACGUGAGCACGAGAGACAGCUGGAGCAACAACCUGGCUUGGAAUCUGUCAUCGUCGGAGCACCGGCAACCGUCGUAAAAAGCGUUCCGCCAGUCGAUACGUCGGCUAGUGCUCAAGCUGCCGUACAGCUCUCCAACUUCAGUCCCAUAAUCAGUCCUGCGAACAACGAUGCUGUCGACACCCCGACAGAGGGGCAAUCCCUGCUUCCUGUCGUGAAGCACUCUGCGGAUCCCGCUGAACCGCUCAGAGACUUGGCAGAUCGGCCAGUGCUGAAUACUCAGGAUAGCAUGACAUCCAGCAAGGUUGAUAUGCCUGGUGGGUAUCCGGCCAGUAGGAUCAGUACGCAGCAGUUCACCUGA